AAGCUCUGAGAUACAUCUCUCAUGGCUUCUUUUUAUUCUUCCAGCUUUGGCUUGUCGGGAACCUGCACUUUUCCAACAAGGAAAUAUUGAAAAGGACUGAUCAGUUCUUGAAGUGCCAGAACCAUGGCCCGUGAGUCAGUGACAUUCAGAGACGUGGCCAUAGACUUCUCCCAGGAAGAAUGGGAAUUCCUGAAUUCUGCUCAGAAGGACUUAUACAGGGAUGUGAUGUGGGAGAACUACAGCAACUUCAUCUCACUAGCAGGACCUUCCAUUUCUAAACCAGAUGUGAGCAUCUUACUGGAUGAAGAAGGGAAGGAACCUGGGAUGGCUGUGAAAGAAGGGACAGGAAGACACUGUGCUGAUUUGGAGUCCAGAUACAGAACCAAUACUUCAUCUCCAGAAAAGGACAUUUAUGAAAUAUAUUCAUUGCAGUGGGAGAUAAUGGAAAGAAUUAAAAACUAUAGCCUUCAGGGCUCCAUUUUUAGAACUGACUGGGAAUGCAAAAGCAAGAUUGAGGGGCAAAAAGAGCCUCAAGAGAAUUAUUUUGGGCAGGUGAAAAUUCCCUCUGAAAAAAUGAGCACUUAUAAGAAGGACAAUUUUCUUACUGAGUAUCAGAGAGUCCAUACUGGAGAAAAACUAUAUGAAUGUAAGGAAUGUAGGAAGACCUUUAUUCGUCGCUCAACACUUAGUCAGCAUCUGAGAAUCCACACUGGUGAGAAACCUUAUCAAUGUAAGGUGUGUGGGCAGGCCUUCAGACAGCGUGCACACCUUAUCAGACAUCACAAACUUCACACUGGUGAGAAGCCCUAUGACUGUAAGGAAUGUGGGAAGGCCUUUACAGUGCUCCAAGAACUUACUCAGCAUCAGAGACUUCACACUGGUGAAAAACCUUAUGAGUGCAAGGAAUGUGGAAAGGCCUUUAGAGUUCACCAACAGCUGGCUCGGCACCAGAGGAUCCACACGGGCGAGAAGCCCUACGAAUGUAAGGAGUGCGGGAAGGCGUUUCGGCAGUGUACACACCUCACGCGGCAUCAGAGGCUUCAUACUUCUGAGAAGCUCUACGAAUGUAAGGAGUGCGGGAAGGCGUUCGUAUGUGGGCCAGACCUCCGAGUGCAUCAGAAGAUCCAUUUUGGUGAGAAGCCCUAUGCGUGUAAGGAGUGUGGGAAGGCAUUCAGAAUAUGUCAGCAGCUGACUGUCCAUCAGAGUAUUCACACUGGUGAGAAGCCCUAUGAGUGUAAGGAGUGUGGAAAGGCCUUUAGAUUAAGGCAACAGCUUGUUCGCCAUCAGAGAAUUCACACACGUGAGAAACCCUAUGAGUGCAUGGAGUGUUGGAAGACCUUUAGCAGUUACUCACAGCUUAUUUCACACCAGAGCAUUCACGUUGGAGAGAGACCCUAUGAAUGUGAAGAGUGUGGGAAGGCCUUCAGACUGCUCUCACAGCACCAGCACCAGAGCAUUCACACUGGGGAGAAGCCUUACGAAUGUAAGGAGUGUAGAAAACCUUUCAGACUGCUCUCACAGCUCACUCAGCAUCAGAGCAUUCACACUGGGGAGAAACCCUAUGACUGUAAGGAGUGUGGCAAGGCUUUUAGACUUUAUUCAUUUCUUACUCAACACCAGAGAAUUCACACUGGUGAGAAACCCUACAAAUGUAAGGAAUGCAAGAAAGCCUUUAGACAGCACUCACACCUUACUCAGCAUCAGAAGAUUCAUAAUGGAGUUUAACACACAAAAAUCUUCACAUGUACAUUAUGUUGUAAAACGUCAGGAAAUCCAUUUUUGAGACAAUUUUAUUUC